CUACUCUCACCUGAGACAUAGCCUUUUCCUCCUGAGAACCCACACACCACACAACCUACCUUUAUAUCUGGAUCGCUCUCUUUUACGCUGUCCUCUGGGAUCUUGGAGGAACUCGGCUAAACAUCCCUGAUCUUCCCUCUUCUGCCUCCGGUCGUGUUUGGCUGCAUCACAAUGAGUACCAAGCUGUGGACAGAGGAGCAGUUUAACUGCCCCGUGUGUCUGGAUCUUCCAAAUGAUCCGGUCACCAUACCCUGUGGACACAGCUACUGCAUGGCCUGCAUCAAGGACUUUUGGACAAAGGAUGACCCCAAAGGGAUCUACAGCUGCCCCCAGUGCCGCCAGACCUUCUGCCCAAAGCCCUCCCUGUCCAGGAACACCAUGCUUGCCGAGGCCGUUGAGCAGCUCCGCAAAGGAGCCCUUAAAUCAGAGGUGCGGGAGUCUAUGCGUAUUCGUGCUGGACCCAAACCAGCCAUACCCCAUGGAAUAGCUCUGUGUGACAUGUGCAAAGGGGAGCAGCGUGCCGCCCUGAAGAGCUGCCUGGUCUGUAUGAGCUCCUUCUGCGAUACCCACUUGAAGCCCCACCAGACCAAGAAGUCCCUCAAAAAGCAUGAGCUCAUCCCACCGACCAGCAACCUGGCGGAGAAGAUCUGCGCCCAGCACAAGUACCUACAGGAGUUCUACUGUCGCCAGUGCAAGAUGUUUGUCUGCUGGCUGUGCACCAGCAACCUACACAAAGAACACGAGUGUGUGUCCACCAAGGCUGAACGAAUCGAGAGACAGAAAGUCCUGUUAGAAAUCCAAACAAAGAACCAGCAGAGGCUGAAAGUCCGGGAGCAGGAGCUAAAAGACAUGAAGAAGAUGAUGGAGGCGGUGAAGCGUUCUGCAGACAAGGUCCACGACGAGACGGAGAGCGUUCUGAGGGAGCUGCAGCGCUCCGUGGAACGUCUGCAGGAGCUGCUGGAGGAGGUGCUGGACCAGGCCAGCCUGGAGAAGCUGAGCAAGGCCCAGGAGGUCGUCGAGCGUCUGGAGGGUGAGAUUAAGGAGAGAAAGAGGAGGGACGGAGAGAUGAAGGAGCUGGGGAGCUGCGAAGACAACAUCUACUACCUGCAGACAUGCGAUUCGAUGAGCGCUCCCCUUGAAUGUGGCGACCUGGAGGAUGUGAGCGUAAAUUUGACUGCCACCUUUGAUCCUGUUGGAGGAGCGAUCCUGGCCCUCAGGAACCAGGUGGAGGAUCUGUGCAAUCUGGAGCUGGGGAAGAUCGCCAACCAAGUCAAUAGCACCCAACUUUAUACUCUGAAGAACUCCGGCCGGGCUGGAGUGAAAGAUGGAUUUGCUAAAUUGUUUAAUAUCAACUCAAACAACCGUUCUGCAUCUCCAUUGGGUCUUCAGAGUAAAGGCCGAAAAGGACAAGGUACUCCAUGUCCAACAGGCCCAGGAGCCCUCGAUGUGAGGAGCAGGGACACACCCCGAGACAGAGGAAAUACAAACUCUCCCGGACAGGGGAACAGACGGAGAAGAGAGGAGAGAGAGACUGAGCGAGAGGCCCAGCCCAGUCCCAGCAGGGCUCGGUCUCUGUGGAGCAGGUCCAGUCAGAUCUCAGUCGCCUCAGCUGCAGCUCCGACUUCAAUCCCAGCCGCUCAGGUUCCUGUACCGGUUCCUGUACCCGUUCCAGCUCCAGUUCCAGCUCCAGCUCCAGCAUCCAGCAAUGCUUUCAGUCGGAUGGCGUCCAUCAAUGCGUCCAUCAACAGCAUAUUUCGUUCACGCCGGCGAGGCACCAACCAGGCCACCCCUGUUAAUAAUGCAGGAGGGAACCCAUGGGCGAUGGACACUGUGUCUGAAACACCAACAGAGAUUAACCCAGGUCUGUUCUUGGACACCCCUCUGCCGGACGCCAUGACUCAAGCUCCAGCUUUCCCUGCCUUGAGAGAAAUCAACCUUGACAGCAUUCAGGCACCAGAACCCAGAACCAGGGAGGAGUUCCUUCAGUUUUCUGUGAGCCUGACCCUUGACCCCAACACGGCUCACAAGCGGUUGGUUCUCUCUGAAAGCAACACUAAGGCAACCUUGCAAGGACCGACACAGCAAUACUCUGACAACCCGCAGCGCUUCGACGGCUGGACCCAAGUGAUGUGCCAGAGCCCGCUGAACUCCCAGCGCUCCUACUGGGAGGUGGAGUGGAGGGGCAGGGGCUCCUCUAUGGGGGUGGCCUACGGGGCACUGAGCAGGAAGGGCACAGACGCCCGCUCCGGCCUCGGUUACAACGCCCAGUCGUGGACCCUGGAGCUGUCCGACACCUGCUGCUUGGCCAUGCACGACAACGAGAAGAGGGACAUUCUGGUUACCUACUCGCCCCGUCUGGGCAUCUACGUGGAUCUCUCUACGGGAAUGCUGUCCUUCUACAGCGUGGCGGACAACAUGACGCACCUCCACAGCUUCCGGGCCAACUUCACCCAGCCGCUUUAUCCCACCUUUGGAGUAGGGAGCGGGGUCGGGGUUGGUCUGGACUUCGCCCUUGGACAGUUUUCAGCUAGCUCCGACAGCAUUAAGAUCUGUCCUCUAUGAGGUUGCAGUGCCACAGCUCCUUGAUGAGGACAUUUAAACUGGGAGGUAAAUUAUCCAGUGUGGUUCCAUGAUUUCUUUCUGGACUCCAAUGCACCCACGACUUCCCCCUAAAUAACAGCCAGAAAUCUUCAUGUAUUUUAUUGAUUUUUUUCUGUGACAAAUCAAUUGAAACUGGUGCAUAAUUGCAAAGUGGAAAUACUUUUUAAACAUGUUUGGGGGAUAUUAAUUAUCUGCUUUGCAUUUUUACAGAACAGUAAUGUUACUCAUUCUUCUUUGCAAAACUUUUCUAGCUCAGAUUGGAUAUAUGAACAAACCUGGCAACUAAUUUUCAACUGGACUGACUUUUUUACUUUGACUAGACCAUUCCAAUACAUGAAUAUACUUCGAUCCAAACCUGCAGGAAAGUUAAACUCUGCCCUAGUCUGAAAUCUUUUGCUGUUAAGAUGCGUCUGUUCUUCCCCGGGAAGUGUCCCAAACUUCCCGCAGCAUGUUGGGGCCACCUCCAUGUUCCAUGUCAGGAAUGUUUUAAAACGUUUCUUACUUUGCAGUAACUUAAAGGAUUUCACCUUAUUUAGCUCCUCCCACCUGCCUGCAAAUCGCAUGACAUUGCCACCUAAAUUAUCAUGUUCAUAAUAAAUAAGUUGGACUGUA